CCGGAAGAGUCGCCCCGCCCUGAUCUCGCGAGAGCGCUCCGCACGUCCCGCGAGAGUGUACAGAAGAGGGAGAUCCGAGUGGAGCGGCGCGGUUCCAGCGACUGGGGCUGAGGGGACAGACGGCGUGCGGGGCUGGCCAUGGAUGACCUGGGCGAGAGCACCACGGUGCUGUCCACCCUGCGCUCCCUCGACAGCUUCAUCUCACGGCGCGGGGACGACGCCUCAGCACUGGACGGCUCCCUGCAGACGCAGUACCGGCACAACAUGCGGCUGGAGGAGCGAGCAGAGCAGAUCCGGUCCAAGUCGCACCUCAUCCAGGUGGAGCGGGAGAAGCUGCAAAUGGAGCUGAGCCACAAGCGGGCCCGCGUGGAGCUGGAGCGGGCGGCCAGCACCAGCGCCCGCAGCUACGAGCGUGAGGUGGACCGCAACCAAGAGCUUCUGAGCCGCAUCCGACAGCUGCAGGAGCGGGGCGUUGAGGCAGAGGAGAAGAUGAAGGAGCAGCUGGAGCGAAACCGCCUGUGCCGCCAGAGCCUGGACGCUGCCAGCCAGCGGCUUCAGGAGAAGGAGGAGGGCCUGGCGGAGGCCGGCGAGACCAUCGGCCGGCUGAAGGGGCAGCUCUCGGAGCUGCAGUGGAGCGUGCUGGGCCAGGAGCGGCAGGUGCAGCGCCUAGAGUUGGAGAAGCAGGAGCUGCAGGAGCAGCUGGACCUGCAGCGCACCAAAUGGCAGGAGGCAAAUCAGAAAGUCCAGGAGCUUCAGGCCAGCCAUGACGAACGGGUGGACCAGGAGCUGAGGGUCAAGGAGCUGGAGCAGAAGCUGUGCUUGCAGGAGCAGGACGCGGCUGUCGUGAGGAGCAUGCGCACGGAGCUGCAGCGGCUGCCCCAGCUGGAGCGCGAGUUGCGACAGCUGCGUGAGGAGAAUGCCUACCUGAGGGAGGCGCGCGAGACCACGGGGCUGCUCCGGGAGGAGGUGGAGGGGCUGCAGCGGCGGCUGGGGCGUCAGGAGAAGCUGCAGCAGAGCCUGGUGGAUCUGGAGCUGGAGAAGGAGAGGCUGCUGGCCAGGCUGCAGAGCUGGGAGAGGCUGGACCAGAGCACAGGCCUGAGCAUCAGGAGCCCCGAGGACCUGUCGUGCUUCGUGGUGGAGCUGCAGCAACGGGAGCUGGCCCUGAAGGACAAGAAUGCUACUGUCACCAGCAGUGCCCGGGAGCUGGAGAAGGCACGACAGCUGCUCCAGGACGAGGUGCGCGAGGUCGGCGGACAGCUGCUGGAGGAGCGCCGGCGGCGGGAAACGCAGGAGGCCUUGGCUCGGAGGCUGCAGAAGCGGGUGCUGCUGCUCACUAAGGAGCGGGACGGCAUGCGGGCCAUCCUAGGGUCCUACGACAGCGAGCUGACCCCUGCAGACUACUCGCCCCAGAUGACCCGGAGAAUGCGGGAGGCAGAGGACAUGGUGCAGAAAGUUCAUGCCCACAGUGCUGGGCUGGAGGCGCAGCUGGCUCAGGCCCUGGAGGAGCUAGGCGGGCAGAAGCAGAGAGCUGACACGCUGGAACUGGAGCUGAAGAUGCUGAAGGUGCAGGCGGGCUCAGCCGAGCAGGGCUUCCCAUUCUCCAAGGAGGAGAUGGACUCACUCAGGAUGAAGAUCGAGGAACUGGAGGGUGAGCGCAGGAGACUGGAGGAGGAGAAGAAGCUGCUGGAAGCUCAGCUUGAGAGGUUUACCCUGCAGGGUGACUAUGACAGGAGCAAGACCAAGGUGGUGCACCUGAGCGCCAACCCUGCCAGCUUGGCGCGGCGGCAUCUGGGUGAGGAGCAGGCGCGGCUACAGGAGGAGUGCGAGCGGCUGCGGGGGCUGGUGCAGGCGCUAGAGCGGGGCGGAGCGCUGCCCCCUGAGCUGGGUGCUGCUGGGCUGCCCUCGUCCAAGGAAGUGGCUGAGCUCAAGAGGCAGGUGGAGAGCGCGGAGCUCAAGAACCAGCGGCUGAAGGAGGUCUUCCAGACCAAGAUCCAGGAGUUCCGCAAGGUGUGCUACACGCUGACCGGCUACCAGGUGGACAUCACCACCGAGAACCAGUACCGUCUGAGCUCCAUGUACGCAGAGCACAAGGCCGACUGCCUCAUCUUCAAGGCUGCCGGACCCUCGGGCGCCAAGAUGCAGCUACUGGAGACGGAGUUCUCGCGGACACUGCCUGAGCUGGUAGAGCUGCACCUGCAGCAGCAGGACAGCAUCCCCGCCUUCCUCAGCGCCCUCACGCUCGACCUCUUCAGCCGCCAGACCCUGGCCUAGCCGGGACCCCGCAGCUUCGCCCUGCCCUGGACAGCCACACGGGGGGGGGGGGACAGUGCUGUGUGGCCAGUCAGUCCCUCGCCUGCAGGCCGCUUGGACUGGGGGGCCAAGCCCCUGCCAUGAAAUAAAGUCUCACAGCCACC